ACAAUAUUAGAGUUUAAUUACCCCAUCAGAGGAAAAAAUUAAGGGAAAAAAAAAAGAGAGAGUUCCUGGCUCUUAAUUAAGAAGACAUUAACUAAGGGAAACAUUUAUAGUCCGAGGAAAUAUAACACCUUUUAAGGAAAAGAAAUGUGAAGCUUUUGAUCCUCUCUCCUUUGAUGCCACCCCAUGGAGCACAGCUCGAAGCUCGUCGAAAACCUCACGAGCUCCCAGUCCUUACUUCUCUCCGAUCAUUUCGACCAUUAUCAGAAAUCACAGUCGAAGAUUGUUGAGACUCGGUCUGGCACGAUGCAUGAGUUUCACGGCCUCGAUCAGCUCCAAGUGGCUAAUAUCUCAUCUCCAGUUCCUCCCUUCCGAGCUAUGCAGAACCCAUUAUUGCCUGAAAUCCCUCCUGAGAACUACGGGUUUAAUGGAACCACGAUCGACCUCGACUUUUAUGAGAACAAGCCGUAUGUGGAUACGUAUGGCGGUGGGCAUGGCCAGGUGAUGGACAAUUUCCAGGGUGGUGGGUACCUUGGUAAUUUCACUGAGCGAACGGGUUCCUGUAUGGCCGGCCAGUACUUCAACUGUCAGUUGGACGUGAAGCCAAUGAGUUUCGUGGCCCCGGACGAGAUAUCGUGCAUCAGUGCUGAGAACGGGUACAGUUACCAGAACCAAUACGGCACGAGCAAGGCCCGGGCCCUGGCCUCAUCAACGGCUCGGAGGGCAUGCAAGAGUCGUACGAAGUCCCAUGUGGUCAAGGGGCAAUGGACCAUUGAAGAGGACCGGCUUUUAGUUCGGCUCGUGGAACAGUUUGGGGUGAGAAAAUGGUCCCACAUCGCGCAGAUGUUGCCCGGUCGUAUAGGCAAGCAGUGCAGGGAGAGAUGGCACAAUCAUCUUAGGCCAGACAUCAAGAAAGAUAUAUGGACCGAGGAGGAGGACAUGAUCCUGAUCCAAGCCCACACGGAGAUAGGAAACAAGUGGGCUGAGAUCGCGAAGAGGCUCCCUGGCCGGACCGAGAACUCAAUCAAGAACCACUGGAACGCCACGAAGAGGAGGCAGUACUCGAAGAGGAAGUGCCGGACGAAGCACCCGAGGGGGACCCUCCUGCAGGAUUACAUCAAGAGCUUGAACCUGGCCGACCCAAGGAAGCCCACCACGAGCGCAGGCGGAGCCAGUAGCGCAAAGACAUCGCAGAAAGAGGAGUCGAGUGUCCAUGAUAGGCUUGUCCCGAAUUACGAGUUCGAUGAGAUGCCCAUCCCUGAUAUGGCAUUCGACGAGGACAAGCUGUUCCAGUUCGACUCAUUCCUCGGGAUGGACACCACGAGCGAGAAUGAUGAGAUGGAGGUGGAGAAGAUGGUGGAUGAUAUGGUGAACGUGGUCACGGAAGAAGAGCAGGAGGAGGAGGAGGAGGAGGAAGAAGGGACGAAGAAGGAGGUCGACUUGCUGGAGAUGAUCUAUCAGGUUAAAAAGCAGUGAUAAUAAUUAUAAUGAGUGGAGUUUCCUUCCUCGGCUAAUACUAUCUUCUCAUUUUACACAUAUUUUUUUUUUUCUUUUUUCUUUUUUACUUAUAUUUUUCUAUGAGAUCACGAGAUAUUUAGACUGGCUACAAGAUGAAAGACAGGAAGGACUAUUUAACUUUGUUUCUUAUGAAAAGAUGAGACCGGCCAAUCUGAAUGAAUAAAUCCAGUCUCGUUUAUUUUGCAUAAUCCCGUGCAGAGUUCUGUGUUUG